AACAAAACAUAUUAUUGGUCAUACAUUCGUUCUUGAGAGAGCCAAACGAAUUGUUCUCAGCUGACGACGCGCCAAUCUCUACUGGGUCAUUUCUUUUGGUCGAUCUGAGAGAGUGUGGUUCACAGAGAGAUAGAGAGAGAUGUUGCAGUGUAUAUUUCUUCUAUCAGAUUCCGGCGAGGUAAUGCUAGAGAAACAGCUAUCUGGGCAUCGAGUGGACCGGUCCAUAUGUGCGUGGUUUUGGGAGCAGGUCAUUGCUCAAGGUGAUUCCUUCAAGCUACAACCAGUAAUUGCAUCCCCAACACAUUACCUUUUCCAAGUUGUUCGUGAAGGGAUCACUUUUUUAGCUUGCACUCAAGUUGACAUGCCACCUUUGAUGGGCAUUGAGUUUCUUUGCAGAGUAGCUGAUGUCCUCUCAGAUUAUCUUGGAGGGUUGAAUGAAGAUGUCAUAAAGGAUAACUUCGUUAUUGUAUAUGAGCUUCUUGAUGAGAUGAUAGACAAUGGCUUCCCUCUCACUACAGAACCUAACAUAUUGAGAGAGAUGAUAGCUCGACCAAACAUUGUUAGCAAAAUGUUGAGCGUUGUGACUGGUAAUAGUUCCAAUGUCACUGAAACACUUCCAGGUGCAACAGCAUCCUGUGUUCCAUGGAGAACGACAGACCCAAAAUAUGCAAAUAAUGAAGUUUACGUUGAUCUUGUUGAAGAAAUGGAUGCAACUAUUAACAGGGAUGGAGUCCUAGUGAAAUGCGAGAUUUAUGGUGAAGUUCAAGUGAACUCCCAUCUCUCAGGUCUUCCUGAUUUGACUCUUUCAUUUGCAAAUCCUUCCAUCUUCGAUGAUGUGAGAUUCCAUCCGUGUGUUCGGUUUCGACCUUGGGAGUCCCAUCAAAUUCUGUCAUUUGUCCCUCCUGAUGGACAGUUUAAGCUCAUGAGUUACAGGGUUAAAAAGUUGAAGAGUACUCCUAUAUACGUAAAACCGCAGCUGACGUCAGGUGCUGGGACAUGUAAUGUCAGUGUGUUGGUUGGAAUACGAAAUGAUCCUGGAAAGAUAAUCGACUCAAUAACUGUGCAAUUUCAACUGCCUGCUUGCAUUCUAUCAGCUGAUCUGACUUCAAAUCAUGGAACAGUAAACAUCCUUGCAAAUAAGACCUGCUCGUGGUCAAUUGGUCGGAUCCCUAGAGACAAAGCCCCUUCAAUGACUGGAACCUUGGUGCUUGAGACGGGCAUAGAGCGCCUUCAUGUAUUUCCCACAUUUCAAGUGUCUUUUAGAAUUAUGGGUGUUGCCCUCUCUGGCUUGCAAAUAGACAAACUGGAUCUGAAGAAUCUACCUAAUCGGCCGUACAAAGGUUUUCGAGCUCUCACACAAGCAGGGGAAUUUGAAGUAAGGUCAUGAGUUCAAUUUUGUCCCAUUGAGAUCAAUUUGAAAUUGUGGCGUGUUUUGGAGUUAAGAUAGUUGUCAUGUAUCACAAUGUUUUGGUUUCAUUUGAAUUUCAAGUAAGAACUUCAUUUAUAUAUAUAACUUGAAAAAUUGAUCA